ACCAACAAGUUUAGCUUUCUCUUCAUUUAAGACGUGUUUGAGGGCACUGAACUUUACUGUAACUUACUCCCGAAUAAUCCGGUGAAUUUAUUUAGAUUUGUAUAUUUAAUUUUUUAUAAAAUAGACACUCUUACAAUCUUUAAUUUGAUCUGCGCCUGCUUCGACCAGCGGUUAUGGAGGAGGAGGCGGUGUCGCGUGGAGCUGAGAAGGCAGGUGGUGCACCGGGAGAAGCGCCGCCGCUAAACUGCACAGCUGCUUGUUGUCAUGGAGGAGCAAAGAUGGCGGUCCUGGCCUAUAGCCUGGGCAAACGCGAGAUAAAUCAACAUUUUACCGUUAAAAAUGCCAAAUUGAUAUCGCUUGUAGCCGUCGUUUUACUUCUCGUGUUUCACACAGCUUCGCGGUAUUAUGGAGGCGGAGACUCAUGUGAAUGGCUGCUGUCCAGAGGACGUUACUUGGGGGAGAACGUGUGGCAGCCGUAUGGCUGCAUGAUGCACAAAUACAAAAGCAUUGAAGCCAAAACCUGCCUUGCUAAAAAGCGGGUGGCCUUUGUUGGUGAUUCACGAAUCAGGCAGCUAUUUUAUGCCUUCAUCAAAGUUAUUGACCCAGAGCGACGAGAAGAUGGAAACAAGCACGAGGACAUUUCCUUUGAAGAUGAAAGUUCUUCUGUUAAUGUGGACUUUCUGUGGUAUCCAGAGGCAAAUAAUUCAAUGAAGGAGCGCUUGAUAUCAUGGACACACGAGGCGUCAGCAAAGCCAGAUGUUGUCAUCCUUGGAGCUGCCACCUGGUCCAUCAAGUUGCACAGUGGCAGCAGCGAGACCCUGCAGCAGUACAAAGUCAACCUGACAGCCAUUGUUCUGCACUUAGAGAAGCUGGCUGACCAUGGAGAGGUCUACUGGGUCCUGCAAGACCCAGUAAAUGAGGACGUGUUGAGUGAGAACAGGAAAAUGAUCACUAACCGACAGCUGGAGCUGUAUAACGAAGCAGCGGUGGACGUGCUCAACAGCAGCAACGGUAACGGCAGAUCCCGGGUCAAGCUGUUGGCAGCGUCCCGCCAGGCUGCACUGGAAACUAUCACCCAGUCAGAUGACGGCUUGCACCUGCCUGAGAGCACCAGGAAUGUGGGAGCCAUGGUCCUCAUGAACUCUGUGUGCAACAAGCUACUGAGGCCCAUUGACGGCUCCUGCUGCCAGACGUUACCGCCCCCAAACAACCUCCAGAAACUGUCCGCAUGUUUCUUCCUGGGCUCAGCCCUGGUCCUCCUGGUCCUCCACAUCCUUGGCAAGAACCGUCACCGCCGACCUGUGCCACCAGAUGUGGAGAGCCUGGAGGAGAAGAAGCCAGCGACAGCAGCUGUCCCCCUGGGUCCGAAGGUGCCCUUGCAGGCCCUCUGCAGGAUGGGCGUCAUUAUGGGCUAUUUUUACCUUUGUGACAGAGCAGAUGUGUUCAUGAAAGAGCAGAAGUUCUACACACACUCCACCUUCUUCAUCCCUCUCAUCUAUAUAUUUGUCCUGGGAGUGUUCUACAAUGAGAACAGCAAGGAGACCAAAUUACUCAACCGAGAGCAAACAGAUGAGUGGAAAGGCUGGAUGCAGUUGGUCAUCCUAAUCUAUCACAUAUCUGGAGCCAGCGCUUUUCUUCCAGUAUACAUGCACGUGCGGGUGCUGGUCGCAGCGUAUCUUUUUCAGACUGGCUAUGGACACUUUUCCUUUUUCUGGCUCAAAGGAGACUUUGGACUGAAUAGAGUGUGUCAGGUACUCUUCCGUCUGAACUUCCUGGUCUUGGUGCUGUGUGUGGUAAUGGACAGAGCCUACCAGUUCUAUUACUUUGUCCCUUUGGUCACCUUCUGGUUUGCCGUCAUCUACGCCACGCUGGCCUUGUGGCCUCAGAUCCUUCAGAAAAAGGCCAACAGUAGUAGCAUUUGGCACCUUGGGGUCUUGGCGAAGUUACUGGGCCUCCUGCUGUUCAUUUGCGUCUUUGCCUUUUCACAGGGUUUGUUUGAGAGAAUCUUCUCUGUGUGGCCCUUCUCCAAGCUCUUUGAGCUGAACGGAAGCAUCCACGAGUGGUGGUUCAGAUGGAAGCUGGACCGAUUUGCGGUGAUACAUGGCAUGCUGUUUGCCUUCAUCUAUUUGGUGCUUCAGAAGCGCCAGGUGUUGUCAGAGGGCAAAGGAGAGACUCUCUUCUCUGCGAAGAUCUCCAACGUGCUCCUCUUCCUCUCUGUCGUCUGCUUCAUAACUUACUCAAUAUGGGCAAGCAGCUGCAAAACCAAAACAGAGUGCAAUGAGAUGCACCCUUUCAUCUCUGUGGUUCAGAUUUUGGCCUUCAUUCUAAUCAGGAACAUUCCUGGCUAUGCCCGCUCUAUAUAUAGCUCAUUCUUUGCAUGGUUUGGAAAGAUCUCCUUGGAGCUGUUCAUAUGCCAGUAUCACAUCUGGCUGGCGGCAGACACCAAGGGAAUUUUGGUCUUGAUCCCAGGAAACCCUUCGCUUAACAUCAUGGUCAGCACCUUCAUCUUUGUUUGUGUAGCUCAUGAGAUCUCCCUCAUCACCAAUGACCUGGCCCAGGUGGUCAUCCCCAAAGACAGCGUGGCCCUGCUGAAGAGACUGGGGGCCGUGGGGCUCCUCUGUCUGGUUAUAUUGCUGCUGGCCAAAGGCAGCCAGUCCACACCCGGCGCCUGAUUGACACCUCUUCAUGGUGGGUGGGGCACAGCAGACUUUCCAAGUCCCUGCAGAGUUUGAAAGAGAUCCAAGCCAGGAGCAGGCCCGGUGUUUCAGCCUACUGUUGGCCACGGCAGACAACCUCAGUUAUGUUGAGUGACAACACAGGGACGCCUGGGAGAACAGUGUCUCUCUGCUGGCCAUGUUGUAGCAGAGUCUGUACUUUGUAACUGCUUAAGUCGCACACUGAAGAAAAGACAAAUGCCCAAAAGGGGGUUGGUCCCUUCAGGGCAAUGUGCAAAUUUUAAGAUCAAGAAAAAAAAAAAAAAAGAACAAGACGCUCAAAACGUUUACAUUAUCUGCUUUUAACAGAAGGCGGAAGAAAAAAUUUUGAGAUGUGGAAACUAAAAGAGGUCCCCUCUUAUGUCAAGACCUCGCGCUUUCUGUGUGAAUUUUUGCAGCGUUGCUUCUAUUUAGCCAAACUCACUAAUACAAAGUUUAUUUUGUCACAUACUGUACUUCCCGUCAUUACAUCGCUCUGGACGGGAUCACUAGGCACACACUCCGUCCACAUGGCAGUAGCAGUUGAAGGUGUUUUUCACUCAGGUGGAUCCAUAACAUACAUAUUUAGAUAUCUACAAAAAAUGUUCUAUUGUGCUGCAUUUUAUUAUCAACAUUACUUUGUACAGUUUUUCUGGUGACUUUAAAAUAGUGUUAGAUAUCUAAAUAUGCAAAAUAUGGACCAACAACUGGCUCGGAUGAUACAAAAAAAAAAA